UUGGCUCUCAACAUUCAGAUCGAAAAAAUAAAAAACUUUUAAUUUUUAUAAAAUUAAGCCUAAAUUCAAAGUAAUUUUCAAGUAGAUAUUUUUUUUGAAAGAAUCCCUGGCAUUGGACGAUCAAAAUGAACAUGAAUUACAACAAUAUUCCAUAUGAAGCGAACUACACUGAUGAUAUGGUGGGCAUGCAUCAGAUGAGUAUGCCGGCCGGAUCCAUGCCGAUGACCAUGCCGAUGGGCAUGCCAAUGAACAUGCCGGUGGCGGGCAUGAACCAGAUGCAAUUACCUAUGGGUAACAUGCCUCCGAUGUCUAUGCCCAUGGCUACCGCCGGUCCAAUGUCUUAUCCCAUGCAACGCACUAUGAUGCAAUCACAGCCGAUGAACAUGCUGCAACAGGCACAGGCCAAUCAGUUGGCCAUGUCGAUGUCGCAGCUACCGCCUGGAGCUGUGACGCCCUUGAACAGUGUUUCCGUGAUGCCAGUGAUGGGUGGCGGGGGCGGUAUCGAUGGAGGUGGCAUGAAUGUUGUUGUGCCCGAUCUACAGCCCUUGUCAGCCAUGUCUCAAAUGAGUCCAAAUACUCAAAUGCCGCACAUGCAUCAAGGCCGAAUGACUGGCGGUUCAUCUGCGGGAAAUACGAAUUGGAUGCAGGGUGGCAACGCAACCCAAAUGAUGCCGAACAACAUGUGGAACUAUGCUCAAAGCUAUCAGAACAUGCAGCAGCAGCAUCAGCAAGCACAACAGCAGCAGCAGCAGCAGCAGCAACAACAACAACAGCAGCAGCUACAGCAGCAACAGCUCCAGCAGCAGCAUCAGCAACAUCAUCAACAGCAACAAGAACAGCACCAACAGCACAAUCACCAGCAGCGUAUGAAAAGCCACUAUGAUUAUUCCAAUGCCAACAACUACAGGGAGACUCGCAAUGGAUUGAACUCGCCAUCAAUGCAUGAUGCAUUGAGGUUAAGGGGUAGCAGUGGAUGCAUAUCUGGAAAGAAGGUUCCGCAAUGGCGUUAAUCUACAAAGCUCGUCCGAUUUUACGUUCAUAUUCGAUACCAUCAAUUUGCAACAGUUUCGGUUUGUGAGAAAAUUGUUGUGUUCCUCACAUGUACACAUUAUACACAUACAGUACAAUUUUCUAGAUACCAUAAUUUUCCUCGAGAUAAUAAUGGACGAUUUAUAUAGCUGUGUGGACUUGGGUCUCCAACCAACCAAUACGUGUUGCAAUGUUGGUAAAUUGUGUAAUGAAUUAUUUAAAAGUA